AUGGAUAGACCUGGCCCAUAGAAUUGCCACGAAUUGGACACAGCUGAAUGGAUAACAUCAUCAUCAACAAUGACCCACUUCUGCACAUAUUCUCAACUGUAAAUCUCACAGAAUUCAGUAGAGUUGAUUCCCAGAUCAAACAGGGUCAACCACCUCCAGAUCCCAUUUCUAAUCACUUGAUGGAGCCCUGGAAUCAUACAUUUUCAGUAGCUGUCCUCACUCUUUAUAGCUUCCUCCUAGUAGAAAUUCAGUCAGCGUCACGUCUCCUAGGCUUCAGGAAAACUUUGAAGACUUACCUGUUCAGUCUUGCACAGAAAGAAAGUAACCCAUGAUUUGAAGCAUCUCUGGAAAAUAAUUGCUCUACACUGAAGCAUGUGUGUUUCAGCAUUCUGAAGAUAUGGCAUCUCAAUAUAAAUAUCUACUCACAGAAUGCUACAAUCUAGUUUGAUUUUUCUUUGUCUUGAAGUUCUGAACAGCAAGACAUCCAGUACAGUGAGACUUUAUCUAUUUUGAAAACAAUCUAAUAAUACCCGAAUAAAGGAUUUAGCUGCAGUUAUAUCACCCAGCAUGAUGAUUUUUUUCAAUCAAAGAUUCUAAAUUAGGAGUUCAAACUGAACUGAUGGAGUGAGCAAUGAUGUGUAAGAAGAAGUUGUGGAUUGUUCUGACCCUGUGCUUUGCACUUGCCAUCUGGAAGAUAUAUAUUUCUGUUUCACCUUUGUCCAAAAGUCUUGAUGAGGGGCUACUGCAAGACUCAUUAAUGAAAGAGGAAAUGUGUUACCAUAACAAAUGUAUUGGCCUAAGAAGUUGGGAUUGGUUUUGUGACCACUUUGAUGCCUCAGUAAACUGCCUGCUGACUCUCGAAAACUCUGAUAUCCCACCAGAGGUUCUUCAGUGGUGGCUGAAGCUACAAAGAUCAAAAGAUGGCAGCCAAAUUCAGAAGAUAGUAAAAUAUCUGUUUGACCUCCUUCAGUCCCCCACUGCUAGAGCUCAGGAUGUUGUUCAUUGUGGAACCUGUGCUGUGGUGGGAAACUCUGGAAGGCUGAGGGGCUCUAAAUAUGGAAAGAAGAUAGAUUCUCACAAGUUUGUGAUGAGAAUGAACACUGCACAGGUUACAGGUUUUGAGGAAGAUGUUGGUACACGAACCACACAUCAUUUCAUGUACCCAGAGAGUGCGAUUAAUCUCCAUCCUAAUGUACAUCUUGUACUAGUCCCUUUCAAACCUCUGGAUCUCAAAUGGUUGGCCAGUGCUUUUUCAACAGGAGAUAUCCAGCAAACAUACAAAAGAGUUAAACGAUUUAUUAAAGCUGACAAAAGCAAGAUUCUAAUAAUUCACCCUGGUUUCCUGAAAUAUAUCCAAGACAAAUGGACACAGAAUCAUGGAAAGUAUCCUUCCACUGGGUUGAUUACACUGAUUUUUGCCAUCCAUACUUGCACACGGGUUUCUGCCUUUGGCUUUGGUGCAGACAGCAAUGGGAAUUGGCAUCACUACUGGGAAAACAACCGUCAUGCAGGAGCCUUUCGCAAGUCUGGAGUACACAAUGACACUUUUGAGCUACAACUCAUUGAAAGGCUGACAACUGAAGGGAAAUUGGUAUUCUAUAAAUAGUUUAUACUUUACACUAAGCGUCUGAAGCUUGCUGAACUAGAUUGAAAUAGGGAUGAUGCCUCCCCAAAACGUCUAACAAUCUUACAGUUCUUCACAUUAAGAUUUUUUAAAAUUCCCUCUGUUCUGGUUUCAAAGAAAAGAAAAACUAGAAUAAAAAACAAGAAGAGGAGACAGUUCUCUGUGUUUCAUGCACCAAAUAUUAAAAAUGUGAGUAACAUGGUCCUGCUUUUCGGAAUUUAUGUUUUUUAGAACAGAGACUAUAAACACUAUUUGUUACUACCUUCAGAUUUUCUCUGAGUAUGAAACCAUAGAUAGAACAAUUCAGAUUUACUAGCUGUGUUUUUGACAGCAGAUGAGAAGAGCACAUUGGAGCACCAAAAGAAACAUAUUUCUGAUUAUUUUCAGAAUGGGUGUUUGAAUGUUAAAUAUAUCUUUGAAUUUGAAAAUUAGGCUUUCUGAUAACUCAUUUGGUGUUUCUCCUUCCCUCCAUCACAAAUCAAGUUCUCAAUAAAUUAUCCAAAUUUUUAAUAUUAUUUGAAUAUUACUUGAACAUGAUUAUUUUAAUAUUAUUUCAAAUGAUUGCUGGAAAUAUGUUUAUUAAAUGUAUAUACAUAUUGCUGUUUGGGGUGAUUCUAGAUAUAUAUUACAACAGCCAUUAUUUAGGACUGUGUAAUACACUAACUGGCAACUCUACAUUAGCUUCCUCAGUUGUAGACCCAAUAUCAAACCAUGUUAAGUUUAAUAUUAGCAAUAAUGGGAAAAUUCACAUUAUUUGAUUUUUUUAUUUAAAACUUUAUUUAAACAAUGGUAAGCCAAAUAGCCAAUGAUUUUGUUCAUAACAGCGUUUUCUAUGAUAGAAGAUCAAUUUUUGUUGGCAUGACCAUUCCCAUGAUUAGACAUA